AUGCACAAAUGGAGUUGUCUCCCCCCUCUCGACCCUAUCCAAAACUACAGCGAAGUCGCGGUAUACGACGAGCGUGAUCCGUUUUACACGUCCACGAACCCUCAAAUCUAUGCCAUUUCUGCCGCCACCAUAGUCAGCUAUAUGCUUGUAAUCAUACUUUUCAUUACGCCAAGAACAUUCUACGUGGGUGGUGUGGGUGGUGGAAUCAGCCUUUUAGGACGCAAAGGCACGAUCGGUGGAUCAUAUGGAAGCAAUACCGUCAUUGGAAUAGGAAGUCGCCCGUGGCUCCAAAAGAUAGCAGCUCUCACACUCGCCAUCUCAAUGACGAUUGUCACAGCCGAUACCUUUAAGUGGGCUGAGAGACAAUACAAUGCAGGUUACGAAGAUGCAGUUGAGUUAUCAGAAAAAGUCAUCGAAGGAUUGGAGAUCCGCAUUGUGAGGCUUGUCUCGGAGACUUUCCUCUGGCUGGCACAAGCUCAGACCCUCAUACGAUUAUUUCAAAGGCACAGAGAAAAGGUCGUCAUCCAGUGGACAGCAUUCGUUCUGAUUACUUUGGAAAUCAUCUUCACGAUUUUGAACAAUUUUGUGCACGAGGGGCAUCCGCACCAGCCCAAGGCUUUUGCGAGUUCUAUACCAGCGCUGAAUUAUCUUUUCGCAUUAGCUUUGAAUAUUUGUUAUGCUGCGUUUGUAAUUGUUUAUGCAUUACGAAAGCGACGGCUGGCUUUUUUCCAUCCACAGAUGCACAGCAUGCCGUUGAUGGCACUCCUGUCAAUAUUGUCAAUCCUCAUACCUGUUAUAUUCUUCAUUUUGGACCUCUCGAAACCCGAUGUGUCUGGCUGGGGUAGUUAUGUUCGGUGGGUUGGCGCGUGUGCUGCCAGCGUGGUGGUAUGGGAAUGGGUAGAGAGGAUCGAAGCACUUGAGAGGGAAGAAAAAAAGGCUGGCAUUCUUGGUCGCGAGGUUUUUGAUGGAGAUGAAAUUUACGAGACAAAUGCUAAUUCGAAACGAAGCUGGCCAAGGCCGUCUCCAGAGAGAUUGGGGCUCGGAGGAGGAGUUGGGACAGGUAUCGAGAAGAAUUGGAUCCGUCUACACCGAGUCGUGAAGAGAAUUGGAAGAUCUCAGACAGCUGAGACUGCACAGGCAAAAGGCACUGCCAGCAGUAGCAUUAGCAGCAGCUCCCCUAACCAGCCAGGCGUGCAUAGUACCGCAGCACAACAACGCAGAGGCACACCGACUCUUUCUCAGCCACUUGCGCCUCCAUCAACUCCCUCACCGUUUAGUCGCAACGAUUCUGCGAGUGCAGCAAGUACUGUAUAUACAGUAGUGUAUCAUCCAGCAACGGAAUCGACUCCGCCUAUCCCUGAACAGCCUUCGGAUAGCAGCCAGGAUCAAGGCAGACCAAACCUUCGCAGUCGAGACGAAGAGCAGGCCACAAUGACAAAAGAGAAUAGAUCUUUCAGACGGCCGGUCAUGCUUUCAAGGAUUCCUAUGCCGUUCAGGCGACAACGUCAGUCACCUCCUGCCGAAGUUGCUGCUGCCUUGGCUGGACAUCAAGUAAAUACGCCCGCGCCGGAACGAGCUAUGCCAUCCAACAUUCUUGAAAGGCUUCACUUGCGAAAACCUCAGCAGCCUGUUCAUGUGCCGACUGGAGUGAUUUAUGUGCCUGCACCGCCGCGGAGACGACCACCAAGUAGUGGUAGUGGAACAGAAGAACAUCAUGCCGAGGUUUAUGACCAUGAUGACGCGGAAGACAACGAAUCACAAGCAGAUGAAGAUCGUCCGCCCGCGGUCGUUCGUAAUGCCUUGCGUUUGUCAAACCCGACUUCGCCUGUGAGCGAGAAUGGACGCUUCUCCGCGGAGAACAGUGGUUCCUUGGAUCAAGCAAGCCGAUCUACCCCUCCAAUUGAACACGCUCCCCAAGAGUAUCGUCAGCACUCUGAACAACCAGGCUCUUGA